GAUCUACGUUUCCUGGGCCAAGCUCGACACGGGGUGUAUGUUGAUGACUACAACGGAGUUCAUCCCGACGUCCUCAAUCAAUACUACGGGGCCGACUCUACACAAGAAACACAGCACCCUGGCAGAACGGGUGCUGGACAUUCUGACGAAGGAGAGGACUUGGAGGACCAAAUCGCACAAGACCAGGAUCGGCAC